ACAUUGAGUUUUUGACUGGUUUACAUUAUGCGAAUUGACUCGCCUAAUUGUUUCUUUUGAUAAAAUAAGUAAAUAUUACAUUGAUAUAAUUAGGGUAAGAAGACCAGAUUUUUUACUUCAAAUGGGAAAAUCAAAAUUACUAAGUCAAAUAUUCAAGGAACCAUGUGAUACAAAUGAAUAUAUUGCCAUAAAAGAUGAACCUACAAAAAUUAACAUUUAUAUAAAGGUCGACAAAGUCGAGUGUUUAAUUACAAACCUCUAAGAAGGCUCUAAACAGUAAAGAAAUCAACCAUUCGCCAUUUCAAAACCCUCUUGAUAUUCAAUUAUGAAUCCUUUGAAGUUCUUGUUAAUCGUUGUGGCCAUCUUGGUGGCCUUAUGUCCAGCAAUAGUCCAAUCUCGACAAAUAAAAUGUGACCAGUUGGGUGAGAAUUGCAUCGUGGAUGGAGAAGAGACCAUGAAAAUGAGAUUAGGUUUGGAUGUGAGCCGUAGGAUUCUCCAAGCCACACGAUAUAUAAAUUACGAUGCAUUGAAGCACGACGUACCAGCUAAACAACAUGGUCAAGAGGACCGAGCGGAUAACACAUAUCGUCGAGGUUGUACUCUCGCUACAGAAUGUUAUCGGCUUACGAAUUAAACAACAUGAAUACUAAUUUUUAUUUUUAGUGCAACACAGAAACAAAAUAUAGUUUUUUCCCUUAGUUUACAUUUUCUGUGUAUGUAUUUUUAUUACCUUUGAUUGGUAUCUUCAAUAAAACUGAAAAGUGUAUUA